ACAGUUAACCUGCACUAUAAAGCACCAAUUUAGUUACAAAUAUUAAAAACCUCAUUGGCCUGUAUACAUUACACAUUACAAUUUUCAUAUACAAUAUAUUUUGACACUUAUUGAAGAUAAAUUUCAUUUAUGGGUGCCAAUGUGAAAACUGUCACGAGAUGCCAACAGCUACAGAAUGCAUCUGCUGUGCUGAAAUAUUGCAGAUUCAACACAUCAGAGGCGAAAUCCCAGAUUUGAAAUGUAUCACACAACAUCCUGGAUUUGCUCCAGUCUGCCUGAAUGUCUUUGUGCUACGAACAGCAUACCAUGCAUUUAGACAACACCACAAUGGCAACAUACCAGAAAGUCCAGCGCGAUAUAGGUACACCGCAUACAGACAGCUUGUUCGAUGGUGUUGGGGUUUUCUUGGGAGGAAUGUUCGAGUCCCACUUCCUGCCUGUGCAGUGCACGUCAUAAGACAUACUUUUCCAUGUUCUGAAGGAGAAAUAGUGACUGGCUUCAACUAUGGUGAUGAGUGACUUCAUUCACAACAGAAACGGGACUGUAGUGAAGCAAUAGCUUCCUGUUUUGAUGGACGGCAAAAUGUACUGCAUAAUGCAGGAGGCGGAUCCAUAAGGCUGUCCUGUGAGUUCUUCAUGGUAGUGGUUUUUACCCUUUCCAGUGUGCUUUGUAAUAGCUCAUGAACGUAACCUGUGAAUAAAGAUGGGUAAAGAAU